AUGUCUCAAUAUUGCAUGGCCCGGGGCGUGGUGCUUUUCAUACUUGUUGCCCUCGCCGCACUCACGGCCUCCGCUGCUCUCGUCGUCCCCACAGGGGGACCGAUGCCUAAAAAUCUUGAUGGCUACAACUUCGACCGCUUUCUGCGAGAGUUUGGAAAGGUGUACGACGCAAAUGAAUAUGUGCGUCGUCGAACCGUGUUUGAGCGGACGUUGGCCAAGGUGCGGGCCCACAAUGCGGCCGGAGGACACCUAUACGUGAUGGGCAUCAAUCACAUGUCAGACUGGACGCCGGAGGAGUUUGCGAGUCUGAAUGGCGCAAAGCCGCGCAUGAUGCGCCACCUUGCUAACAAAAGUUUUCAACGCUCGUACGAAGCAACCGCCGGGCCACUUCCCACCGCGGUGGACUACCGCAACUCCGUCCCCGCAGUGCUGACGGCGGUAAAGGAUCAGGGCUUGUGUGGAAGUUGCUGGGCCCAUGCUGCGGUGGAGGAGAUGGAGACCCAUUACGCCAUGUCAACUGGAAGGCUUCACGUGAUGAGCCAACAGCUGUUGACGUCUUGUGCACCCAACCCAGACGAGUGCGGUGGGACGGGCGGUUGUCAAGGCUCUACAGCAGACCUCGCCUACGAGUACGCUCGAACUGGCAUUACGUCGGAGUGGGAACGUCCUUACACGUCCUACCGUGGUGAAACGGCUCAAUGUGGAAACGUAAGUGGUGCCCGCAUUGCCAGUGUCAAAUAUUAUGUGAAGGUUCCGUCAAACGCUCAGGAUGCCGUCAUGAGGCAUCUUGUCACCUACGGUCCUUUGUCCGUCAACGUGGAUGCAACCGAUUGGAGCUCGUACGCUUGGGGCAUCUUUCACGGCUGCGACUACGGCAGUGGCAUCACAAUUAACCAUGUGGUACAGCUUGUGGGCUACGGCCACGAUAAUGUUCUGAAUGCUAGCUACUGGAUUUUGCGUAACUCGUGGUCUCCAGGCUGGGGCGAAAACGGUUACAUUCGGCUGCUGCGCACAAACACGCCGGAAUGCGGCUGGGAUGUUAACAUGCAGGAUGGAACGGCAUGUAAGGGCGACCCUUCCGUCGCCUGGGCAUGUGGAGAAUGCGGAGUUCUCUUUGAUGCCUCAUUCCCCGCGAUGGUGUAG